AUCUUAAAAGUUAAAACUUUGAAGCAGUUGAAUUGAAUCAGUAAACAAAACUUUUUAAAAUCUUAUUAUUCUUUUAUCAUUCUAUUUUUUGCAUAAUAUCGAUAUUAAUAAUAUAUGUACGAAAUGAUUUUAUCCAUAAAAAGUUUGCUGUGUUUUCUUUUUAUAAUAAGUUGUGCUACGAACGUAUUGAGUAUUAAAUGUUGGAACUGCAGAUCAAAUGCUGACCCUAAAUGUGCCGAUCCAUUCGACAAUAGCACUGUACCUAUCACUGACUGUAAUCAAGAAAGGGGUUUAUCACAUUUACCCAAUGUAAGACCUACCAUGUGCAGGAAAAUAAGACAAAAAGUAAAUGGAGAAUGGCGAUACUUUAGAGACUGUGCAUAUUUAGGUGAGGUUGGAAUCCAGGGCGAUGAGAGAUUUUGUUUAAUGAGGACGGGCACAUAUAACAUCUUUAUAGAGUACUGCACCUGUAAUAGCAAAGAUGGUUGUAAUUCCUCGUCAUUUUUACACCCAAUACCAAAGUUGAUUGUAAUGUCGUUUGUAAGUUUUAUAGGUAAAUAUUUACAAGUGUAAAGCCCAAAUAAGAAAAAGCUGUUAAUAUGCUAUCAUUAAGUGAAGUAUUUUUAUUGAAUACAUAUCUUCAGAUCUGAAAAAAUGUAUUUUAUAUAAGAAUCUCACAGAAAAAUAACUUGUCUGAGUUAAGUAAGCAUUGUUAAUUCUGACUAUUAAUUUAAAUUUACGAUUAUAUUGCAGGUAUAUUUUUUUUACAUAAGUACACAUACAUUAAGAACAUGCAGUAAUAAUACGAAUGAUUGUAAAAUAGAUUUUGUUUUGUGUAUUAUCUGAAAUUUGGGUUUAAUUUUAAAAAUGGUAAUAUGUAUUACAUGAAAAAUUCUAUAUUUUUGCAACAAUAUUUGCACAUAUGUUUUUUAAAUUUCUGUACACAAAUUUAUUAAGAUUUAUUUUAUACUUUAUUUAUAUAGACAAGACUGAAUAUAAUCCGUCCAUCAUGUAAUUAAGCAUUUGUAUUCUUAUAAAUAAGACAAAUAAAUUGUUUUGGAUAUAUAAUUCUUUUUAUUUUAAAAAUAUUGUAAGUUUCUUCUGUCUUAUCUGUAUAUUAAUUUAAUUUAAAUAUGAAAUACUAAUUUUUACCUACAACAUUGCCUGGAAAGCAGAAUUGCUCGGAGUUCGGAAAUGUAUUAUAGAUAAUAUCCAAUCAUCAGUGACAUCUAUGUCUAUGUCUAUGUCUCAUGACUUAAAUUUCAAUAGAAUUUUGGGAUAAAUUAUAACCAUUAUCUUAUUCGGAUGUGUGAGCUACAUUAAUGUUUAAUCAAAAUUUGUGUAGUAUAUUUUGUGUGAAAGAGCAACAAACAUCCGUAGUUCCUAACAAAGUUUAACUUUUAUUCACAUUGGCUGUAUAAGUAUGGGUACAAAUAUAUGUUUUCUGUUAGAUACUUAAGAGAAUUUUAUUAAAAUUAUGUAAAUGUAACUUUUAUAAUCUUAAUAUAAUUAUGAUUUUAUAUUAGACAAAAAUUACCUAAAUGUA